AUGUAUCAUGGUCAAUCGAGUGCAGUCUAGUGUCUUCGUUCGAGUGGUACGUGUCGGUUAAUAUAACUUUCUCUUAACCCGUAAUAUCGCAUAUUUUACAAGUACUUCAUCUGCAAGAAAAACAACUGUGAAAUAUCGAAAAAUUUUCUGUUCAUCCCAUAUAAUCCACGUGAUCAGUGUUCGCGUUACGCGCAACUUCUAGAGCACAGAAGAGUAAAAAAGCCGAAGAACCACGCCACCAUCUUGAAUAUCGAUCGUGCUAUUUGUUUGUGACUAAGUUCGUACGACAGUCUUUUCGAGAGUCUGAUCAGUUUUCACGUAGCUUCGGCGUCGUAGACGUCGCCGCUGUGCAAUUCUGCAACUGUGUUCUGUGAAAAUCGAAAAACAGAAAAAAAAGUUGGUCAACUUCAUUGUCUAGGUACAUCGCCUCUAGCCAAGCCACUUUAUCAAAAAUAGAUGGAUGAGAACACAUUAUCGUAAGAAUUUUGUUGGAUUACACAAUGGAUACGGAGAUAGAGAUUUUUAGUGAGACAGUUUGGAUCCGUUGCGGCCACCGAUUCAACUACAGGUGGUUGCUUCAGGCCCUAUCACCUUCGCAGUAGGAGAGGCCAGAAACAAUGGUCGACUACUAUAUUAUUUUGGACGUAUCGCGUAGCGCAACAAGUGCCGAUAUAAAAAAGGCAUACAGAAAAUUAGCAUUAAAAUGGCAUCCUGACAAAAAUCCUGACAACUUGGACGAAGCAAAUAAGAAGUUUAAGGAAAUCUCCGAGGCGUACGAAGUCUUAAUCGAUGAUACUAAGAGAAGAACCUACGACCAGCGAUUGUAUCAGAAGGCGUCUUCAAGGCCAGGACGUGGAUUCACCUUCCGGAGUUUCUUUGAUUCUCCCUUCCAACGAUAUUUUGAAAAAAAGAGACGAGUUUACGAUCAACAUGGCAAAGAAGGUCUUCACAUGCCCGGUAGCAAGCGUCGCCACGAGGAUGAUUUCCAUGCUCAGUUCGGUGGAUCCUUUGUCUUCAGGGAUCCUGAGGAAGUUUUCAGGGAGUUUUUUGGCGGAACGCAUUUCGAAGAUCUCUUUGGUGGUUUUCCUGGAAGUGGUAGUCGUUAUGGCGUGAACAGACACAGCCAUCCAAGUAACACUCUGAGUACGCCAUUCUUCAGUCCACUUGGUAUAGGUUUCGGUUUGGAGGACCUGCUUGGUCGUAGCAUAGGUAACUUCACUUCGUUCAACACUUUCAGCAGCAAUUUCUCAGCUCCUAGUGGGGGAGCACCGGUUACAAGAACAAGAACAUCUACGAGAUUCAUCAACGGCAAGAAAAUUACUACUAAAAAAGUCUACGAAAACGGCAAGGAGACCAUUAUGUCCUACGAGAAUGACGUGUUGCAGUCCAUGACAGUGAACGGUGUGCCCCAGUCGAUAACAUUUUCUGAGGCCUCCACCAGCCGCCAGGACAAGGUUGACAGCACUGGUACCCAUGCGAGUCAUGGUAAUCAUGGUAGCUAUGGUACUCACACUACGCACGGAACCCAUGGUAGCCAUGGAGGCCAUGGUAAUCACACUAGCCAUCUUGGACAUAGCAACCAUACUAGCCAUACCAAUCAUCCCAGCCACGCGAGCCACACCACUCAUGGUUCAAAACCAUUCAACCAUAGCGACUACUUAACCAGGAUACGUGCACAUCCUACAUCACACGUAGCCACGAAACACGAGAAGAGUAAGCGGAAGUAAGCUUAGUGCUUGCUGCCGUUUUUUUUCUUUUUUCUUUUUGAAUUGAAACAAAAUCUUAUCGAUCGUGAAGAAUCACCUGCGACGGACCAAUUAACGAAAAUUCUACAAAGAUUCUAGACCCCGCACGCUCAUUUCAUCUAUUGAAACGUAUUACGGUAAUUUUCUAAUCUUUCUCUAAAGUCACUAAUUGGGUGAAGUCUUUAUUUUCGAGAUGACACUGGGCGAAAUUACAUUUUUUUUAAAUACUUUUUAGUUUCGUUUGACAAAAAAUAACAGACGUGGUCCGUUUCUUCGAACAAAAAAAAGCUUAUCGAAGCCUUUAAACUGUGUUUGUAAAAAGUUCCGAGCAAUCUGCGAUUAUCGCGUCACGUUUAAUUUGAUCGAUCAAUUGACGGGCAUUUCUUUUUAUUCUAAUAAUUCAUGGUGUACACGUUAGAGCUCUUGGAUACUCUUGUACCUUGGGUAGUACUGAAAAUGUACAUGACUUAACAGGGAUUAUAGGGAUGAAUGAAUCGCUGCGGUUAUGUUCCUUUAUUCGUCACAGACGCCAGUCGAGUAUCUUGUGCGUUAAUGAAGUAACUUGACAUGAAAAAAAGCCAACGAAAGUGUGUUUGAAAAAAUUUGUAACAUAAUUCGUAGCCAUAUUUUUUUCAAUUUGAAAAUAAAACGAACUUCUUUAGAAGGUUUUGAGAUUUUUCAAGAUGGCAAAUUUCUGAGUUACCGGGAAUGUAGGUGGGUGGGGGAGAGAAAGAGGAACAUAAAGGAAAAUUAAAAAUAUACAGGGACGCCAAAUUGCGACUCUUGGAAUACGCAUACGUUGCAUGCUCGCACCAUACACUUAGAAUAUUAAGUGCAUACAUUCUAACAACCAUCCUAAUUAUAGUAAUAUUGCGAUAAGCGACCACUUAAAUUAUUAUUAAUUAAUUUCGUUAAGGAUGCAUAUCUCGCCAUUAUGUGCGUACGAUUCGACCGAGCCAAUGGUCAUUGCUCGUACCUUAACGUUUUAUCCCUCUACUGUAUGUUCUCCUUAAGAAAUUAAUUCAUUACGUAUGUGUAUAUAAUGAUAAGGAUGAAAACUGUUAAGCUAAAAACAAAUACAUUAUUACUAUUCACUAAAUUA